CACGCUACCUUAUAUGAUGUAAUGCUAUCAAGAUGGACCCUCUUAGCUAGCUACUGUACAUGUACUGUGAUGUAACAAAGCUUUAAGCUAUUCCCCAAAGAAGUGUGUACCUUCAAACAAGAGCUCAGUGUACUAGACAGUCUACCUAUAAGCAAUAGAGAGCGUGAGGCUUCAGGAGGUCAACUGUAUUGGAACACACCCCACCACCCCCUAGCUAUAAACACAGAGUCAAGAUGCACGGGAACAGGACAAGAAUGCGUAUGGAACUGGAAAAGCAGCGUAUUGAUAUGGAGCGCAAACGCGAGGAGAUGGCAAUGCACAGGCAGAGGGAAGCUGCCGUCACACUAGCUAGUUCAACCAUAGAAGUGCCCACCAUCCACGAGACCACACCCCCUGCCAUGGAGGUACCAACGGACAUUCUCCAGGUCCGUACGAAGCUAGCCCACCCCACCACCUAUCAUGUGACUGAGAUACAGAAGAGACAAGUACGCAACUACAUCACUCAGCACCAGUCACACAGUGCACCCAAUCAAGGACCCCCCCUAGCCCUCGGACAUGGCAUGGUGGGGGGUAGUCUAAUGGGCAUGAGUCGAGAUCCACUGCUGAGCGGAACAGGAACUGGAAACCAUUCUCCUGGAAUGAAGCCACGUUCACUCAACCCCCACAUGGGCGGGGGGUCACCGCUCAACCCCAAUAUGGGUGGGGGGUCCCCACUGGGGGGAAGGUUGAACACAGAGUCCCCUCUGAGUGGUCUAGGUGGAGGUAUGAAUAUGUUUGCUCCCUCUCACAACUAUUCCAUGAAGCCAGAGAGUCCUACCUCCAUGAUCAUGGACCAUUCUCCUGAUGACACCACCAUACAGGAGCAGAUCAUUGAGGACAUUAUGGGACUAGAGGAGAAGUUUGGGGACACUCUGGGUCUACCUUAUCUAGAGUCCAAUAUGAUGGUCCCACAAACUCUACCAGUGACUAAUAAUAUAUUUGACACGUUUGGAGGAGGCGGAGUCAUGUCUGGUAAUGGUGGUCCUAGUGGAGGGGCCAGCGGGGGGACUCCUAUAAUCAUUGGACAAGUAUCAGCCUCGUGUCCAAGCAAUGGUGACGAGGGAGACAGCAUGAUGAUGAGCAUUGAUCCAAAGAUGAUGGAAAAAGAGAGACAAAAGAAAAACAACCACAACAUGAUUGAGAGGCGGAGACGCUUCAAUAUCAAUGAUAGAAUCAAGGAGCUCGGCAUGUUGCUACCCUCCACUGAAUCUGAAUCACGCCAGAACAAGGGCACAAUUCUCAAGGCCAGUGUGGACUAUAUACAGAAGCUCCAACGUGACACACAGAGAGUCAAGAUGCAGGAGGCCAAGCAACGUCAACUAGAGGAGGCUAAUAGACAGAUGAGACUGCGUAUACAAGAGUUAGAGCUCACAGCACGUGCCCACGGCAUAGCCACACCCUCUCUCAACCCUGAGACACAGAUACUGGCUGAUGCUGCUGAUCAAGCUCUGGGUUCUGUGACCCCCCAGGGACGGUCACCACCGAGCACAUCAGUGACCCCUGUGUUUGGGGGCACAGAAGAACUCUCAGAGCUGCUCAGAGCUAGCCCGGGCAUUGACUUCUCUAAACUGCAGAUUAAACAAGAAAAGAUUGAGUCCCCCUCGCCUGGUGGGCUCUCUCCGUCUAGUGCGUUGACCUCUGACCUCAGCAGAGGGGGGGCCACAAGUAAUGACAUUUUCUCAUUCAACUUGGCAUCUAGCAACACAAUGUUCAGUGGAUCUAGCUGAUCUAUUAUAUUAUAUCUAGGUGUUUUAUAUCCAAACAAGCUUAAACUGUUAUUUUCAGUGUGACAUUAAAAAAUCUUUUCUUAUGAUACAUUAUCACUGCCCACUCA